CUCAGCAUUAAGCAUGUCACUAUAUAGUUUUCUUAUAGCUUUGGCAUUGGUACUCUUUGUCCAAGGAGCCAGUUUUGGCAAGGACGAAAAGCUGCGCUAUGAUAAUUACUCUGUUUAUAAGCUCAAGUUUGAGACUCAAGAGCAGAGAAGUAUCCUGAAAAAACUUGCUGAGAAUCGGGAUAAUUUUAGACUUUGGCAUGAAGCCAGGGAUGAACUGCACAUGAUGAUAAGUCCAGGUGCCUUCGCCGAACUUGAGACGGAAAUCCAGAAGAACAAUGUCAGUGCAAAGCUGUUCAUAAGCAAUGUGCAGGAACUCAUCGAUUUCGAAGAAGAUGCCAAUCUGAAGGCCAGUCGAGAUGGCUCUUUUGGUUGGACCAAGUACAAUACCCUGGACGAAAUUUACGCCUGGCUAGACGAGAUACUAGCUUCUUAUCCAACUGUUACCGAGAGAUUUGUCUUGGGUCAAUCGUACGAGGGUCGCACCAUCCGUGGCAUUAAGAUCUCCUACAAAUCGAACAACCCCGGGGUGUUCAUUGAGUCCAAUAUACAUGCUAGGGAGUGGAUUACCUCCGCUACAGCCACUUGGUUGAUAAACGAGUUCCUUACCUCCUCGGAUGAGCUAGUGAGGGAUCUCGCCGAGAACCACGAUUGGUACAUAGUGCCUGUGCUCAAUGUGGAUGGUUUUGUUUAUACUCACGAGAAGGAUCGCAUGUGGCGAAAGACGCGUCAGCCCUCGGACAUUUCCAGUUGCGUUGGUGUAGACCCCAACCGCAAUUACGACUCGCAUUGGAUGGAGAACGAUGGCGCUUCCUCGAAUCCCUGCGCUGAGGAUUACGGCGGCCCCAAGCCCUUUUCUGAACCAGAGAUUCAGGCCAUGUCCGAUUACGUGAGUGGAGUUAAGGACAACAUCAAUGUGAUGCUGGCCUUCCACUCGUACAGUCAGCUAUUGCUCUCCCCCUAUGGUCAUACGAAAGAAGAGUUUCCACCCAAUUACGAUGACUUAAUGGCCGUUGCCCAAGCUUAUGGAGAUGCAGUUGAGAGUCUGCCAUAUGGCACAGUCUACAGAUACGGAUCAGCUGCGGGAAUUCUCUAUCCCGCUUCCGGGGCCACCAACGAUUGGGCCUACAAUGAGCAAGGAGUGGAGAUAUCCUACACCAUUGAAUUCAGGGACACUGGUCGAUAUGGGUUUAUCCUACCACCGGCUCACAUAGUUCCCAAUGCGGAGGAGGCAUUGGUUGGUAUUGCGGCCCUUCUAGAUAAGUGUAAAGAGUUGGGCUAUCUUGAGCUCAAGAGCACAAAGUAAGUGCUGGGAAAUUCAAUGUGCAAUAAAUCAAUAAAGAUUAGCUUCAGAUAA